AUGCUCUCCCGCCGUUACACGAUUUCUUCACCCUCUCCGAACCCGCCCGGCAGAGACAAGAGCCGGGUUAGACGAGCAAAAAGCACAUCUCAUCCCGCAGCUACUAGGUCUGAGCUGCUCGCUCCGCAACAAAGGAGUCGGCAGGCAGUGGCUGCAGCUCAAAGAGCCUAUGACGAUGCUAUCCAACGCCGUAACCCCAAACGCGAACACACCAUUUUUCGCAGCUCUAGUGUUAGAUUCCUGCCUCCUAUCGAUGACCGGAACAAAACGAGUGACCCAGGUGGAUUCCACUCCGUUAACAGGCAGGAGCCAGAACGAUCCGACCUGGGCUCAUAUGUUUCGUAUAUAGCUGCCGGUGCCGCCGGUUCGACCUGUGCCGGUCAAGAGAACACCGCCAGUACGAGGCUGAGGACUUUGAAGCAACCGGGUGACGGAAAUGGGGCAUUCCAACUGCCUACAUCCUCUGGCUCACAUACCCGCCGUGCCAUGAAUCUAUCUGAUCUGGGAGCGGACUACUAUUCUUCUCCGGGAUCCCCUGUGCCAUCUACACCGUCUUCUUACCGUCGUCUCCGAAAAGCAAAAUCGGUUUUCAGUGUCAGUCAGAUGCAUCCUCAGCGGGCGCAAGAUAAGCCAUCCGCUGCACUCCCCCCCGAACUCUCAUCAAGGGAAGCAAUGAUGAUGAAUCGGAGGAAAUCGACGUCUUUUCUUCGCGGGGGUACAGAAUUCAUGCCCGACUCGAUGCGCCGUCAAUUGGAGGAAGCGGGAGAGGACAGGCCAUCCCAGCAGCAGCAGCAGCAGCCAUACGUCAAGGAGCGAAAACCAUUCUACCUAUCGGCAUCCUGUAGGAGGAGCCAAAAACCGGUUGCGUUUCCUGAAACAGUGCGUGCCAAGAAGGUGCCCAAAGAGCAAUCAACAGAUUUCAUAUCCGUUAGAAAGGCUAUGAGUGAAACGGCGAGGAAAGUGUUUGGGUCCAUGAAGCGAGUUUUUGGAGUUCGUGGGAAGCUUGAGGAUGCAUUUCCUGAGCAGCAUGUUCCUGCCUCUCGAUAUCAUUUCAGUGAUUUCGUUCCGCCAUCAGAUCUUCACAGCGAUAUCAGGGACAUUCCCGAACCCGGUAGUAUUCGGAUCCGCUCCAACAUCGUCUCCCGAGCUCCCACAUUUCGUACAGUACCUUCAUUUGAGAUGCUUCAUUCCAUUGCCGGUUCCAUCCGAGACGUCACUCCUAACCCACCCCAGUCACCUGUCUCCACCAUAAGAGGCGUUUCCGUGCCUACGGAUGGCACUUCCACUUGGAAUUCAACCCUAGAUAGACAAUCUGCACCGAAGAAGAGACUUUCUAUCAUUGAUGAAAACGCUCCACACAGGAUCCGAGAGAGCCUAUAUGAGCCAUCAGUGGUGGUGGAGCCGACUCAGCCUAGGUAUGAAGCGAGGAGAGUGUACUCGGCCUUGAUGAAGCGCCUGGAUGAAGGGCCAACCAAUGCGCCACAAGAGGGUCAGAAGUAUACUUGCGGCCCGGGGCACGGGUCUCCGGGGUCUGGGUGUUAUAUGGCCCCAGGCCUAGGUUUGAGCCCGGAAGAGGAAACUAUGUUUACAGAACCAGACAGAUCCAAGCCAGGUAUAUCGGCAACAGCAGCGACGACAAUCAGGAAGUCAGCUGCCCAGAAAUGGGGCCAUCCAGCAGGACCUAGUCGAGAUAAGAACUCCGAUCCAUUCUACAUCCCGCCCGUUCCACAAAUCCCGGUAUUGUAUAGUCCAACAGUACACAAGGCGCAGAACAUAGAUUCAAUCACUGCUGGGUGGCAGGAGAAAAUGGAAGGGGCUGACGAGGAACAAGUGAGGCUGAUAGCAGCCCUACAGGCGCUAUCUCCCGUGCCUAGCACACCUCGCGAUAAUGACGUGAAAGACACACAGAACGGUCAUGGAUCAGCCGCGACUUUAAGCAUCACGCCUCCGAGCUCCCAUGCCCCUGCCCCGGUAAGAAGACUCUGCAAAACGAGUUCUACAGCCCUUUUGUCCUCUCCUGCAGGGGGCUCAUUUGGAGACGCACCAAGUCGCUAUAGACGUCCAAAAAGCAUGGGCAUGCUCCGGGCAGAAAGCACUUGCAUCAUGCCUCCACCACCUCUUCGACCUCCCCCAUCGCCGCCUACUAUUAGCGCUACAGCGGGGCAGCCGUCCCGUGAUAGAGACGGGAACGUUGUUGUUGCUGGAGGGAAGUUCAAGAUAAGAGGAAAACUCAGGAUGAGAGACUAUUACCCCAACAAAACCGGGGCUGAAAAUAGCAGUAAGCUGAGAGCUCACUCUGGGAACCAGGGACUCGGUUUAGAGAGGAGUAGAAGUGCUCUCGCCGAGAGAACGAGCCGGGAUAUAGAAAACGCCGUGAAUUCUCAGUUUGGGCCCGUUGUUAAUCGCCGUGCAUCAAAGACGCUGGUAAAAGUUGAGAGCCCUGAGUCUUCUGCAUUUAUUUAG